AUGGCGAGUAACAAAGUUCUCUCGGCUGCUUCUUUCUAUAUUUUGGUACAGAUACAAGUGGUUUUGUGUACAGAUACUCCUGUGGUCAGAACAAACCUGGGAAAUAUUGUUGGAGACAGAGGAGAGGUGGAUACCGGUGUCAGUGCGGAUAUAGUUGAUCGCUUUCUUGGAAUACCAUACGCAAAACCCCCAGUUGGAAGACUUCGAUUCGCCAAUCCCAAGAGACACCCUGGAUGGGGAGAAAGCAUUCGACAGGCGAAACAGUUCGGUCCCCACUGCCCGCAGCCUGACAGCUCAAUUACCUUCUACGUCAACUUAGGUCGAACAAUCACCAACAUCAGAAGGGACGAAGAUUGUCUGUUUUUGAACGUGUACGUGCCACGCGGGGUUGAUAUUUUACGCCAGACGGGAGUUCGCCUGGCGAUUUUCAUUCAUUUUCACAGUGGUGCUUUCAAGGCAGGAACAGGUGCGAGUUUUAAUGGAGAUAUCCUUGCACUCGAGUCUGAUGUCGUCCUCGUCACUAUAAACUACAGACUGGGCUUUCUGGGGUUCUUCAGCACAGGGACUGACGAGGCAAGGGGAAAUUACGGCCUGUAUGACCAGCACUGGGCUAUUAAAUGGGUACGGGAGAAUGCUGAGGCGUUUGGCGGAGACCCUGAUCGCAUUACUGUUAUUGGUGAUUCAGCAGGAGGAGCGUCGGUGGAUUAUCAGAUGAUCUCUCCUCUAAAUCGUGGUUUGAUACAGGGAGGGAUAUCAGUUAGUGGCUCGAGCUUGGCACCUUGGUCUUUGACCGAGUCUUUGAACGUCAGUUUGGAGUUUUCAAAACUGGCCGGAUGUGAUAUGUCUCGACCAAGAGCAAGACUUCGCUGUCUCCGCAAUAAGGACGCUCAGGAAUUGGCGGAGAUAAUGGAGGGAGGUGUACGUGGAGUACUCGACUGGAGACCAAGUAUUGAUGGAGUUUUCAUACCUAGACAGCCGCGAGAACUCUUGAGAAAAAACGUGCCAUUCGGGCUUCUAUACAUGGUAGGUUCUACCUCCCAUGACGGCAGCAUUUUCACACUUCCUUUUUCAGGAAAUCCCCCUUAUGUUGCACAAGAACGCACCAAUCUCGAAACUUAUGCAUCACUGCUCUAUCAAUUCAAGAUGAAAAGUGCGGAAGUCGCUGUUGCUAGGUCCUUGCUUCAUGAAUACGGCCUCAUUCGAGACCCUAUGGAUCCUUUGGAUAUUUUAACUCGGGCGGUGCAGCAAAACACUGACUUUCUCUUCGGAAUGCCAGCAGAGGAGUCGGCAAGAUUGAACGCAGCGGGAGGUGCCACAGUGUAUAAAUACACAUUGUCUGUUCGUCUUGGCUAUCCAUCUUCUUACUUAUCUAAGGCUGCUUUUGUGCGAGCUGAACACUAUGAUACAGGCAUUCUGUAUUUUGGUGUUUUUGAACAGCACCCGGAUAUAUAUAACUUGACAGCUGAGGAAUUGGAACUUGGAAGAACCAUCAGGCGGUAUUUAGCCAACUUCGCAAAAAAUGGUGAUCCAAAUGUUGGUUACGCGGUCAGCGUCCAGUGGCCGGAAUAUACAGCGGCUUCCAGACAAUUCAUCAACCUAAACACACCCACCACAGUAGAAACGUUCGAUAGGGAGCGCCAAUAUCUGUUUGCGACCGAGGUACUUCCCGCCAUAGUGGCAGUGGGUAAGGAGGCUGACACGGUGGGCACACGACCUCGUCAAUCCCAACCAUGCUCUAGGGCAAUUUGGAGAACAUAUCGGACACCCAGGAUCCACAGUCGUCGGUAUAUCAACCGGUUGAUGAGAAAUGCCUAGUUAUUUUGUAUGGACAUACUGCACAGGCGUGUAGUGCGUAAAUGGGUAUAAGCGUGGUUUUAGCGGAUACCUAC